AUGCAUCCACAUUCUUUUCCUUAUGAAUUCACUUAAUACCCUUACUAAACCCCUCUAUACUUCUACCCGCCAUAUCUCCCUCAACAAUAUUUCAAUUACAAUCAAUUUCUACCACACAAACACCCUCAAAUUCAAUAGGCACCUUUACCACCCAAAUAACAACAAUUUAUUCUCAUCUCAGAUGAUGAAGAAUGUGUACCAAUCGAAAAAAUAGAUAAACCAGCACCCACCUAAACCCUCAAUACAACUCAACCCCAAAAAAAAACAGCCAAACUGCUGGACCUUGAUACCCUUGAAGCACAAGGAAGGCUAUAUGACUAUGAAAGUUCCUAAUCCCCUCCAUUGCCAAAGCGAAUCAUCAAAAAACCACCAAAACCUCUCUAUAAACCUUAGAAGAGGAAAUAAGUCAAAAUUCGCAAAGAACCGAUUCGACAUUCCUAUCAGAAGAUUAAGCACGUGUAAAUUGGAGCGGAAAGACAAGAGCUCAAUUAUCCUUAAUCAAAUGUGAAGGCAAAAUUCAUUAAAAUCUAUGAGAAACAAGAAGAUAAAUUUUCUAAAUUAUUUGACUAAUUAAAACUUAAUUUUUCGGAGGCUAAUGAUGAAGAUAUUGCAAUUGUUCUCAAUAUGGUCGGUAAAGAUUAUCAAAAGGCGGAAACAUUUAUAAAUGAGAACGGAUCCUUCCUCCAAUCUUACCUCCAAGGUACUUAAGAAUAUAUCAGUUUAGAUUAUAAGGAUUUAUCCGAAGACGAGUCUACUAUCAAAAAAUGA